AUGACUGCGCGUGGUCUAGCUGUUUUCGUUCAGGCAUGGAAAACAACGCCAGAGCCGUGUUUGUUUGAUCAAAUCUCGAUAGACCUUCGUUCUGUCCCUGUGUUUGAUUUCCUUGCUGAAAUGGAAACACCCACCAAAGAUCCGGAUGAGCCAGAGGAUUGGCGACCGCCCACACCACCAGCUGCAGCCUACGGACAUGGCCCAAUGGCGGCUGAGAGCAGAUGGACCAAUUGUAAAUUAACAGUAAAACAUCGAAGAGGCACAGCUACACUUAACAUGUGUGUAGCUGAUGGCUUUAUUGUUCUACAAUGUACCUCUGCAAAAGAGAAUCGCACCUUCCAAACUGCAGCAAUGUCUAGUCGUAGAGGUGUGAUGCCACGUCCAUCGUCAAUGCAUUGCUUCGAUGCAAAAACUAAAGGAGGUAAGCGUUUUUCCCGUUUUUCUAAGACUUUCCUUUUGCAUCUCUAAAU